UGUAGCGUGAACCAGUGGAAACAACUCAUAAGGGAAAAUGGGGACUAAAUUGGCCAUAAUUGCCUUAGUGGUUGGUGUCUUGGUUGUAUUCUUUACAAAUCGAGAGACUCAUACGGAGGAACCAAUUACACUCAACUCUACAUAUGAUUACAUUAUAGUGGGAGCUGGAACAGCAGGGUGUGUCCUUGCUAAUAGACUGUCAGAAGACCCAGAAUCCUCGGUUCUUAUUCUAGAAGCCGGGGGUUCCGAAGAUGAAAACAUGAACAUAAGUAUCCCAAUCGCCUCUUCAAGUGUCCAGUUGUCAAAGCAAGACUGGAAGUUCCGAACUGUACCUCAAAAGAAUGCAUGUUUGGCAAUGCAAGAUAAGAAAUGUGCCUGGCCGAAAGGAAGAGUACUUGGAGGUACAAGUAAUUUGAACUUUAUGCAACAUGUCCGUGGCAGUCGCCAUGACUACGAUGGCUGGGCCAAAGAAGGGUGUAAAGGUUGGAGCUAUAAAGAUGUCCUCCCUUAUUUUAUUAAAUCUGAAGACAUACAAAUCCCAGAACUUCAAAGUUCAGCCUAUCACGGAAAAGGAGGAUAUUUGACUAUCAGUGACGGGACUGCGACUCCCCUCAAUGAUGUCUAUAGCAGAGCAAUGCAAGAGUUAGGACACCCUAUCACAGACUGCAAUGGAAAAUCGCAAACAGGCUUUUGUAAGUCUCAAGAAGCAACAAGAAAUGGAGAACGUUGGAGUUCUGUCAAAGCAUUUUUAAGACCCGUAAUGAAGAGAAAGAACCUGCAUGUCUCUUCAAAUUCUUAUGUCACUAAGGUUCUAAUUAAAGAUAAGAAGGCGAUCGGGGUAUCCUUUGUUCGAGAUAACAGGAAGUACGUCAUAAUGGCGAACAAGGAGGUGAUUGUCUCAGCAGGUGCAGUGCAGUCACCCCAGAUCUUGAUGUUGUCUGGAAUAGGACCAAAGGAACAUCUCACAUCCAUGGGGAUCCAAGUGGUUACAGAUCUGCCUGUUGGAGAGAAUUUACAGGACCACAUUAUGACUAUUGUAGAUUUUCAUGACAACACUACGAGUGUGACCACCAAAUCCAAGCUUACAUCACCAAGCACUAUAAUUCAAUACUUGGCCUUCAAAUCAGGUUUAUUGAGCAAAACGCAUUUGGAGGGAACUGCCUUUCUCACAGAUGACGAAAAAUUACCGCCAUAUUUUCAGUUUCAUUUCUCAAGCCUCAUGUUUGAUCCAACAAUGGUUGACUUGCUUUUUAGUCUUCUUAAUCUUGACCCAAAGCUAAAGGAAGGCACACAAAGGGCAUUUCAAAGAAACGUAGACAGAAAUAUAGGGACCUUUAUGGGAUUCCCAAUUCUUCUUCAUCCCAAAAGUCGGGGGACCAUACGACUUCAAAGUGAUGAUCCCUUUGAUCCGCCACUCAUUGACCCAAACUACCUCGACCACCCGGACGAUAUCAAGACGUUUCUGAGAGGAGUACGGAAGAUGUUGAAAUUCGGAGACACUGCAGCAUUUAAGUCAAUUGGUGCCUCUUCAAAGGAUCCGUUAGAGGCCUAUACGCCUCAGUGUGACAACACAUCUCCAGGAUCAGACGAGUAUUGGUUCUGUAGAUUGAGACAUUACACAUAUACAGUGUUUCAUCCCACGUCCACUUGUCGAAUGGGUGCCAAAGAUGAUCCAACAGCAGUGGUUGAUCCUGAACUCAGAGUGAGAGGGAUCUCAAAUCUACGAGUAGUGGAUGCUUCCGUCAUGCGCAACAUACCUUCCGGAAAUACCAACGCUCCAACCAUAAUGAUUGCAGAAAAAGCAGCAGAUAUGAUAAGAAAUAUUGACAGUGUGAAAUCCAUUAGAGAAAGAACUGAUAGUCUGUGAUAGUCUAUACACAUGUUCAAUGACACCUUUCACUAUAAGUGAAUGGUUAUAUCAUGGAAUGAUGUCCAUCAAUGAUGGGAUAAUUAUUGGUCGUCACUCAUGAUUUUUUUUCAUUGGUGAUACAGAUCCAUUCACUUACAAGAUCUUCACCUUAAAGUGAAAGUGAUGGAAAAUGUUGCUUCAGAACUUGUAUACUAACACACUUAUUAUUGACAAACACAUCACUGUGACUAAUCCUGGCUGCGUUUAUAAAGUCAAUGUAAUAUUUAAGUACUCUGAAGUUCAUAUUAAAAAUGAUGCUCGAGUUUCUGAU